AUGUCUAGUGAAGAGACCUUUGCAAAAUUAUGUCUAGCUGAAAAACCAGCUGAAUCUCACGCUGUCAAGUCCUUGGUCUUCAAGCCAAAGACUGCCAAGACCGCUACUCCAGUACCAAUCGUGGUUGUUGCCUUGCAAACGACCAGCACCCCAUCUCCAGUGAUUGCCCAAGCCACAGCUUUGAAAGACCCAAGAUUGGCUCGUGACGAAUUGUUUAAGAGUUUCUUUAACUGUGAUACUGCCAAGGAAUUCACUUUAGGUUAUUUACCAAAUGCUACCACGGAAUUCAAGUUGUUAAUAGAUCAAAACUUGGCAGCUUUGGAUGAAACUGCUGUUUUACAAUUGAAUGACACACUUUUCAUUAAGAAAUCCGAUUUGUGCCAACACUUAUCAGCUUUUGAAUCUUACAAAAAAUUGGUUGAUUUCUCCCAAGAAGUAAAGAAGGAAGAAAAACCAAAAAAGGAGAAAACCGAUAAGAAAGAAAAAGCUCAAUCUAAGGCUGCAUUGGAAGAUGCUAAAUUGAUUGGUAUUACCGUCGAUAAAGCAAAGGAUUUCCCAGGCUGGUAUUCUCAAAUCUUAACUAAGGGUGAAAUGUUGGAUUACUAUGAUGUUUCUGGUUGUUAUAUUUUAAGACCACCUUCUUAUGCUGUUUGGGAAAACAUUCAAAGAUGGUUCGAUGACAAGAUCAAAGGUUUAGGCGUUCAAAAUGCUUAUUUCCCAAUGUUCGUGUCCUCUCGUGUUUUGGAAAAGGAAAAGGACCAUGUGGAAGGUUUUGCUCCAGAAGUUGCUUGGGUUACUAGAGCUGGUUCCUCCGAACUUGACGAACCAAUCGCUAUUAGACCAACAUCUGAAACUGUCAUGUACCCAUACUAUGCUAAAUGGAUUCAAUCUUACAGAGACUUGCCAUUGAAAUUAAACCAAUGGAACUCUGUCGUCAGAUGGGAAUUUAAGCACCCUCAACCUUUCUUGAGAACAAGAGAAUUCUUGUGGCAAGAAGGUCACACUGCUUUCUUGACUGGUGAAGAAGCCAAGGAAGAAGUGCUGCAAAUCUUGGAUUUCUACGCUGGUAUUUACGAAGAAUUAUUAGCUGUUCCAGUUGUUAAGGGUAAGAAAACUGAAAAGGAAAAGUUUGCUGGUGGUGAUUUUACCACAACCUGUGAAGGUUACAUUCCACAAACUGGUCGUGCCAUUCAAGGUGCCACCUCUCAUCAUUUGGGUCAAAACUUCUCAAAGAUGUUUAACUUAACUGUUGAAAAUCCAAAGGGUCCAGAAUUCCCAAAGGUUUAUGCUUACCAAAACUCUUGGGGUAUCUCCACUCGUUCUAUCGGUGUCAUGGUUAUGGUUCAUUCCGAUAACAAGGGUUUAGUUAUUCCACCAAGAGUUGCUCAGUUCCAAGCUGUUGUUAUCCCAGUCGGGAUCACCAAGAAGACUUCUGACGAACAACGUCAUCAUAUCCACGAAUCUGCCAGAGAUAUUGAAUCUCGUUUGAAAAAAUCUGGUAUCAGAGCCUUUGGUGAUUACAACGAUAAUUACACACCAGGUUGGAAAUUCUCCCAAUACGAACUGAAGGGUAUUCCAAUCCGUAUUGAACUAGGUCCAAAAGAUAUCGAACAAGGUCACGUUACUGUUGUCCGUAGAAAUGAUGCCCGUAAAUAUUCUGUCAAAGUUGAAGAGCUUGAAACUCGUAUUCCAGAAAUUUUGGAUGAACUACAUGACGAUUUAUUCAACAAAGCUAAGGAAUUAUACGACUCUCAUAGAGUUGUUAUUAAUGAAUGGAAAGAAUUUGUUCCAGCCUUAAACAAGAAAAAUGUCAUUAUCGCCCCAUGGUGUGGUGUUAUGGAAUGUGAAGAAGAUAUUAAGGAAUCUUCUGCCAAGAAAGACGAUGGUGAAGAGUUUGAAGAAGAUGAUAAGUCACCAAGCAUGGGUGCUAAAUCACUUUGUAUUCCUUUCAACCAACCUGAAUUGAAGGAUGGCCAAAAAUGUAUCAAAUGUGACCGUGCUGCUAUCGAAUACUGUAUGUUCGGUCGUUCUUAUUAG